GAUAAAAGGCUUUGCACUUUCAGGAGGACACCACAGGCGGCGCCUCGGCCUCUGACAUCGUCAGGUCCGUGAGAUGCUGCCCUGACCAUGAGUCACACCCGAGGGGCUGUCCUGUGCCUCCGGGCAGCCUGGAGGGCUUACCUCUCCCCUCCCCUUGAGUUCAUUAUGUUUAUUUUUCGCUCCUGCACUUAGAGCAAAGCUGGCGUGUCCGGGGAAGUGCUGUAGGCCACACUCAUUGGACCUGCUUGGUGUUGGGGGGUGGUUCUGUCCUCUGAUCACAGUCCUCAGGAAGCAGGCUGCCAGAGCCUGAGGUGGGGUCAUGGGAGGGAGAGGAGGGGAGGUUUGAGGCAACACGAGAUUUCACAGAGACCGUUUGGGGUCACGUUCUGGGCCAGGUGGGCCAUGCUUGGACCACAUCCCAGGAGGGUUGGCCAGAGAGUGAGAAAGACCUCUCGGCAGGCCGUCCCAUCUGCAGCACAGCCUUCCUGCAGGAGCCUGGUGGCCUCUCCAAGUCCCAGUCUGGGCUUCUAGGGUGCCCUGGGGCCACGGGCCCUGAGACUGGCCCCCUGGGAGCUCAGCCCACACGCUUAUCACCUGGCAUGACCCUGGCACCCUCUGUACCCCCUGAGGGCUCAUCACACAGGUAGGGAACAACAGCCAUCAGUCUAAGCAGACGAAUGGGGACUCAGCCAAAGCUGCCUGGAUUUCAGGAGUCGGCCUCCCACUUAAGCCGAACUGGGAGAGAAGGCUUCCUGGAGAACCGGCCACUGGCUGCUCUGAGGGGUGACCAGGUGGGACGGGGAUGAAGGAGAUUCUGAGUUUGUGGGGAGAUCAGAUGGGAAGUGAGGGUGAGGCAUGCAGGCGGGCUGGGCGCCGCUCCAGGCUGUGUCCCAGCGCAGGGGUGUCUGCCCAGGGCUCUGAGGGCCUGUGACCUCAGGCAGGGCAGAGCGGUGGGGCUGGCGGUGGCCACCUGGGAGAGAAGUUCAGGUUUCAGGCUGCACCCCUCAGGGAAGAUGACUCCUUGGAGAAGCAGCCUUACUUUUUUCUCCCCCUGUGACCCAGGGCUGACAGUUAGCUCCCGGCUGAAGGCCCCUGGCACCUCCUGAUUUCCCCGGGGGCUGCCCGAGCCACUACAAGAUGGGCUUCUUCAGCCAGGCGGCUCUAGAGCUGGUGCCCUGCUGGACCGCCGAGCCAGGAGACGGCUGCUGGGCGACAUGCCUGAGGAGGAAGGAAGGACGGCCACAGUACGGAUUCAUCAACACCUGUCUGGAGUCGCUUGUGAAGGAGGAGUUUGGUGAAGAGACAUGGGAAAGACUGAGAGCUUCUGCACAGGUGCAGGAAGGCUUCCUGACCUACACAGUGUAUGACGACGUCAUCACCAUGUCGCUCAUCCAGGAGGCCUGCCGGAUCCUGGGUGUCUCCAUGGAGGCCCUCCUGAAGCUCUUUGGACAGCACUUCUUUAAAUUCUGCAAGAUGUCUGGUUACGACAGGAUGUUACGGACCCUGGGAGGAAAUCUCACAGAGUUUAUCGAAAACCUAGAUGCCCUCCACAGCUACCUGGCGCUCUCUUAUCAGGAGAUGAACGCACCGUCGUUCCGUGUGGAGAGAGGAGUAGAUGGGAAAACGCUCCUGCACUACUACUCUGACCGGAGGGGUCUGUGCCACAUUGUGCCAGGCAUCCUUGAGGCUGUGGCCAGAGACUUCUUUGACAUUGACGUGACCAUGGAUGUCCUUGGCAUGAAUCAGGAGGAGGAGAGGACGGGGAAGAAGGAGCACGUUGUGUUUCUGAUUGUGCAGAAGCCCCGCAGACAGGCCCUGGAGGCAGCCUUCCUUAGGAUGAAGGAGAGGUACUGGAGUGUCUCUGCUGGUCCUGUGAGGAGAUCCCGCUGGGAGGCUGUGAGAAGUGCACUCAGGCUUGGGGAAGGACGUCUCAUGAACACCUUCAUGCCGAUUUAUCCCGAGCGGCUCUGGAUUGAUGAGAAGACCUUCUGCAGCGCAGUUCCUUUCCACAUUGUCUUUGAUGAAUCCCUAAGGAUCAAGCAAGCUGGAGUGAAUAUCCAGAAGUAUGUCCCAGGACUCCUAACCCAGAAGAUCCGAUUAGACGAGUAUUUCUCCAUCAUUCAUCCCCAAGUCACCUUCGACAUAUUCAGCAUCUGCAAAUUUAUCAACAGCCAGUUUGUCCUGAAGGCACGAAGAGAAAUGAUGCCUAAAGCUUGGAAAAGCCAGCCCACGCUCAAACUCCGAGGCCAGAUGAUCUGGAUGGCGCCCACGCGGUGCAUGGUGUACAUGUGCUCCCCGAAGCUCCGCAGCCUGCGCGAGCUGGAGGAGCACGGGAUGCAUCUGUCCGACAUCGCGCCUCACGACACCACCAGGGACCUCAUCCUCCUGAACCAGCAGCGGCUGGCCGAGAUGGAGCUGUCCACCCAGCUGGAGCGGAAAAAGGAGGAGCUGCGGGUCCUCUCCAGGCACCUGGCCGCCGAAAAGAAGAAGACGGAGACCCUGCUUUAUGCCAUGCUGCCCGAGCACGUGGCCAACCAGCUGAAGGAAGGAGAAAAGGUCGCUGCAGGAGAAUUCAAGACCUGCACCAUCCUUUUCAGUGACGUGGUGACGUUCACCAACAUCUGUGCUGCCUGCGAACCGAUCCAAAUAGUGAAUAUGCUGAACUCAAUGUACUCCAGGUUUGACAGGUUAACGAGCGUCCACGAGGUCUACAAAGUGGAGACCAUAGGAGACGCCUACAUGGUGGUGGGGGGCGUCCCGGUGCCCGUCAGAAACCACGCUCAGAGAGUGGCCAACUUCGCCUUGGGAAUGAGGACGUCUGCGAGAGAGGUGAUGAAUCCUGUCACCCGGGAGCCCAUCCAGAUCAGAGUGGGUAUCCACACAGGACCAGUCUUAGCAGGUGUGGUUGGGGACAAGAUGCCCCGGUACUGCCUGUUUGGAGACACUGUGAACACAGCUUCCAGAAUGGAAAGUCACGGGCUGCCCAACGAAGUGCACCUCAGUCCUGCCACCUACAGAGCCCUGGAAAACCAAGGGUUUGAAAUAAUCGAAAGAGGUGAAAUCGAAGUGAAGGGUAAAGGGAAAAUGACCACUUACUUUCUGGUCCGGAGCCUGAGCGCCUCCGAGGACGAGGUCCAGGGCAGGCCUGCAGCGCGGCUGGACAGCGCGGCUUCUGACGAAUCAACACCGGAAGGGAUUCCGGGGGCAGGACCGGACUCCAUGGAGUCGGCUGCGGGACAAUGGUUUUCAGCCCAGAUGAAGACGCACCCCUUUCCCACUGACACUCUGCCUUCUGGUUUCUGCGCUCUGUUGUAACCCGGGUAAAAUGAACCCCUCAGCUUAGUUUUCCCGCUACUCAGUUUUAUAGCCACAAAGAAAAGUGCCUUCUUGUCAUCUCUCAGCUCAAAACUUUUUAAAGCUAUGUCUCUUCCUCACUGUCCCUUUGAGAAUAAAAGUCUAGA